AAAAAAAAGAGUAAAUGAAAAAGUUGCUUGAAAGAAAGAUUUAGUAUCCCUUUGUAACCUAGCGCCUUUUUGUGUGAUGGCUUUUCCAUUCAUACCCCUAAGUUAUGUAUGGCCAUGAAUGAGUUUUCAUAGUGAUAGAGAUCCUCUUUUCCAACCCGCACAUCAUAUCACACCUUGCAUGCUCUUCAUACAUGGCAUGUCUGAUUGAGGGUAUUGUUUUCAUCAGCAAGUCUACUGAUGUUUACUAUGGGCGAUUGGAAUACUGUUGCCGCGCCAGAAAAAUCGGAAACAAGAUUUUUUUCACAAAUCAACACAGAAAGUGGGAUGUCUCCAACAUGUCUAUUUCAGUCCACACUGGUUUUAGGUAAAAUCUCACCCAUUUCCACCUUUUGCGCUGAAGACAAUGUGGAGCAAUGCAUCACCUACGUUGACCAGGAGCUUACAACUUUAGGUUUUCCUUCCUUAUAUGCGGCAUCCAAAAAUGGGGAUGCAAGAAAACUGCACGUGGUGUCUGUUGUGAAUUGUAUCCAUGAGCUGCUCCAACGUCAUCUUCGAAAUCUGCGCAGCCGCGAAGACACAGAAACGCAAGUUCUUAAACUAAGCAGUGAUCUGGAGUACCUACAAAGUAGCAAUAGCAGAUUAAAGGACCAGCUUGAAAUAACUCGAAGAGAAAAUAAUGCUCUUCAAGAAAGAGACCGUCAACUGCAAUGCAAGAAUCGGAGCUUGCUGCAGUUGCUGAAGAAUGAGAAAGAAGAGGUCUAUGUGAAGGAGAAGACCUCUCAAACCUGGAGCUGCCUUGCUGUCCGGCAGAUUAGGAGGGACGUAUCUCAGUUUAAGCUAACACCAUCACCUCUUGGAUUCACAUUUAGUCAACAUAAUAAGACUUUUAUCUCAAAGUACUUUUCCUCAAUUAACAUAACACCGUGCAAUAUAAGAAACAUUUGA